AUGCGCCUUAAUCCACUCCCUUCUCCCUCCUCCUCCUUCACCUCCUUCCUCUUCUUCUUCUUCUUCUUCUCCAUUCCCGCCUUCCUCCUCUCGUCCUGCGGCCAGUUCAUUCCAUGUUGCUCUGACUUUACUACUGCCACAGCUACGUUCCCUUCGAACCCGUCCAACGAAUCCCGCACUGAUGAUAGUGAGGAGGCCGGGAACGUAAUGUCGACACCGACCGCCUCCGUCACACAGGAAGUUCAAGAGGCGAGGAGGAAAUUGAUGAAGCUAAGAGGCAUCGGACAAAGAGUUGGACCUUUGAUGAGGGAUCUGAAAAAACUGAUACCACCACCAAGUCCGCCGCCACAACCUUCCGAAUCGCUCAAUAAUGCACUAAAAGAUGGAAUAGCAAAACUCAUUGUUCUGAAUAAGGCACUCGCCAGUCUCCGAACAGUUCGAAACAACUUGGUGCACAGUAGAGAUGAAAUCUCCUCGAAGUUUGCGCCUCUUCACAAGGAAGCAGACGCGGCUCUGGUGAGCAUUAGGGCGUCAGUAGACAAAGCCUUCAACAAAGCUCGAGUGAGGCUCGAAGCGGUUGAGAUGAACUUCCAAAAGGAGGUGAAAAUAAUAAAAACUGAUUUAAAGGGAACGGAAAACAGCAUCCACUCCAUUCCAGAUGGGCUUCCUCGGCUUGAUGACAAGGAGACGGAAGUUCAAAACGCUGUUGGACUUUUUUUACGAUUCAGUAACGUCAAGGCGAUGGCACAGAAGGUGCGGGAGGACUUGGCACAACUGAAGAUGGAGAAGUACACCGUCUCGCAGGAGGGAAUAAGGGAUGAAUUGAACAAUCUUGACUUUAUCAUCGAGAGGGACGCGACCGACCAAAGCAACACGGAUGCUCCGCUUGAGACGGAAUUCACGGAUCAGGUAGUCCUUCACUCCAUAUGUUGA